AUGGCUUUAUUGCCAGACGAGUUCUUCUAUUGUGACAGGUCACAGCUCGGCAUGAUGAUGAGUCGUCUUCCCAAUUCUGAGACAAUUCUCAUACGUGGGGAACGAGCCAAAGCCAAGACGGCAGACUUGCGAACUCUUCAAAAGAUACCAUCGCCAUUCAGCUACUCUUCUGGGGGACUUGUCAUUUGACUGGGAACCGUCGUUGACCCAAUGUCAUACACUACAUCGUGAGAGAAUGGCUCACGCUACCAGGCAGAGAGUGUGACAGCUGCCGCCGGACUAUGGACUAUCAGACAUCAACUUUGGUCUGCACUAGAUGCAGGCCGUGGCAUCACAUGCCACCGGAGUCCAAGACUUUGUCUUUUCAGGUGCUCGAGGGGAAUAUUGCCAGCCGUCGCGAUACCGGGGGCUUGACACGAUGAACUUGGGAGAUCAAACCAUCAACCGCAGAGGACGGAUCAUCUUUUGGGUCUUCUCAGGUUUGAUGAUCCCGAUGUGUUGCCAGAGAUGUGUACCAGCGCACUCCAACUUUGUGAACGGGACUCACAAGACCACGGACCGCACGUGACAGCUCCGAUCCUCACCUCAUGCACUCUGCCCGUUCCCCUCACCUAUGCGUGUGUUGCCGCGUGUACCUUGCCGCAUCCUCAUCACCAGAGCCAUGCUCUUCACCGUCGCAUCUUGCAGACAGACCCUACCGCCCUUGAGCGAUCGUGUUCUUCAUCUCCAGACCGGCAUGGCCGUGCCUGGUGAAGUCUUUGACCUUGUUGCGCUCGUUGACCUCGUUGACUUUUCAACCACCAAACAAAUUCUACAAAGCAUGCAGCUCCUGCAACUGUUGCAACUGGCGCAGCUCAACAAACGUGUCAUCAUUUGACAUUACAAACUGAACCAAACCAAACCAAACCAAACCUGAACGUCGUCAUUCAUUGACAAAACCAAACCAAACGUACCAUUAUCUUCAACCCGCUUCAACAGCAACACUAUCUUGCAAGAGAUCCAACUUACCUACUUAGGUAGUCUACGUCUAACACACACCUCCCUCCCCUUAGCUUCCAACCCCCAGACAUCGCCUUCCCCUUCCCUUUCCCUCCCUUUUUAUAUAUAUUUUUAUAGCUCACUUCACCUCACAGCACUGUACAAGUCCAUGAUGGGAAAGUGUUGCACGAUCUCUGUGGUGAAACUCUCUUCCCUUUCCUGAUAACACCUCCCUUCUACUGUGUCUUCACUGUUAACCUUUCCACAUCUCAGCAACGACGGCUUCUUAUGACGGGGAGGGCUGGGUGAUUCCACGUGAUGAUAGCCAUCUUCAUGAUGAAGUGGUCUUCUGUUGCUAUUGGGUCGUGAGCAUUGGACUGGGUACUUGGGCGGGUUUGGUAUCGAUGGGUUGGAGAGUUGAGGGGUGGUGUGGUGGCGGUGUAGUGGGAUCUGGGGGAUAUGCUCUUUAAAACAAAAAGAAGACUCUGGGGGAUCUAAAAUCAUCAGAUCAAAAUUCCUUUGCUUUUCGAAUGUGGCUCACCUGUUACCCAUCCGUUGGGUGGGCUGUGAGAAAAGGGAAGACAUUACCUUUUUCAUGAUGGGUUUGAUUUUGCUGGGCUGUCGGGGAGAAG